CUGUUGCGGUGGUGCGCCAUUAAUUGAUUGUGACUCUUUACCAGCCACCCAUACACAACACACUCACACCCAUUGUGGUCUACACACAUCGUCCAAAAAGUGAGUGCACCCCCAGACAUACAUGUACACAGUAGUCUCCGCCCUCCCACACACACACACUCGUACGCCACCGGGGCGUCGGUCCUUCAGCCAUGCAUUCAUCUCCCCUGUGUGUGAGGCUUCGAUAUGGAAGCCCGACGAUUGGGGGUAAAGGCUCCGAUUUCGUUGACAACGUGAAUUUGCUCUCAUGUGACACUGAUGAAGCUGAACGGCAUUAAGAAGAGAGGGUCAUCUCUCCUCCCACGCCAUUCAGCUGCCCCGGUGCCACUGGAGACCAAAGCCACGUCGACCAGAGACAACAGACAGAUGGGUGUGUAUUGUCGCGACAAAACUCACUCAGGAAAACUGCCUACGCUACCCCAUCAUACCAUACACACAGUCAAAAAGAGGCACUCUUCUCUUCUCUUCUCCCUCUUCACACGCACGCACAUCCAGCCAGCAUCGCAUUAUUCACACAAAGCAGCGGCAGCAGAGAGAAGGGAAAAACAGACUCAGUCUCCUCUCCAAAAGUAGUCUCGUCGCGGUGGCCACUAACUACCGUCCAUCCAUCCAUCCAUCCAUCAAUUAGUCUCCCUCCCUCCCUCCCUCCCUCCCUCGUGUCUGUCUGUCUGCACAUCCAUCACAUGAACUAGAGCUUUGUACACGCACGCUGCCUGCCAAACAAAAGCAGGCACACCCAAACGAACGACAACCGAGCGAGCGAAAAAAUCAAUCUCCUUCCCUUCCCCCCAUCACGUCAAUCAGCCCCCGCCCCGUCCACCCAUGAUGUCAAACCCCACCGCCCCCACGCCCAGCCCCGGCCCCGCCAGCCACUCGGACAGCUCCCCACCACCCGCAGCAGCCGACAGUGGCCCAUAGAACGCCGCAGUGUUCAUCGGCCGAAUGGCAUCGUCGUGCCGCGACGAAUGGUGGCCGGCCGAGACGUUGACGUAUGGGAGCGAUGAGAAGGUGUGUGAGAGCAGUGGGGGUAGCGAUAAGAAGGGGUUGAACAAGUUGAAGGCCGGCACCGACCGAGCAGCUGACAGGGGCGGGGCGCGGGAGUAGGCGGCCGGUGUGGGAGGAGACGGCGAGGGGGAGGGAGAGGGAGAGGGAGAGGGAGAGGGAGACGGGGAGGGCCGCUGUCUCUCGCUGCUGCCCACCAGAUAUGACUCGUCGCUGCUGGCACGUGUGUCGCUGCUGCUGGUGGUGCUGGUUGUGUCCCUCGACGGGGGAGCAGCGGCCUCCACGGCGAUGGGCUCCACCCAUUGCCGCGGCUGUGUCUCGUUCCAGUCCAUAUCGGUGUCAUCCACAAACGAUGGCGGCAUCAGCGACGGCAGCAGCUGCGGCACUGGCUGAGAGGUGGCGGCCACACCCUCGGGCGGGUCCUCCAGCGAUGGGAACACGAAUGCACGGUGCGGCUCGUACUGCCCCCCAGUACCCGCAGUGGUCUUGUCUUCUGCCGCCUUCUUGGCGUCGUUUCGCGCGGCGAUGGCCUCGCCGUGGAGGGCCUCCAUCCUGUCCAGCAGCGCGUGCAGGUCGCGGUCGAGGUCGAAGAGGCGGACCUCGAGAUUGGUGAGCCGCGAGUCGAAGGCCCGCUCCUUCUCGUGCUCCAACCGAUUCACCUCCGCAGCCUUCAUGAACCUGACAGAUACAUGACAUGGUGCGUGUGGCUGGCUGGCUGGCUGGCUGGCUGGCUGGUAGGCUGCCUGCUUUCGUGUGUAGGUCCCUACAUACCUGAGUUUGAGUGAGACUGCGACGAGGCUGACCAUGAUGGUCAGCACUAUCAACUCACCCAGAAUGUCAGCACCAACCUGCAACACAGACAUCCAUCCAUUGCUUGCUCCCACGCCGUGUCGUGCGUCCGUCAUCCCUCCCCCCGACUACCCCAAGGCUCACUUACCUCGAGUGCCUUGUCUUCCUCGAGCAUCUUCACGGACAUGGUUACGCGUCCCUUGGCGGCCUCGCCCGUCUGGCCCGGCUUGGGCGAGAAGCCCUUGGCGGGAUUGAACAAGGCGCUCAAAGUGAACCCACGACCCACAUACUUCAUCUGCACGUACAUCCGAUUCGUCAAGUGACCCGCAUUUAUCACGCCACGACGAAACCUGGACUCACCAACAGAACAGAACAGCCGGCCUGGUCUGCAUUGCUCUCGACGCUUUCUGGUGCCUCUGACAGCCUACCGGGGAUGGUUUGUCGCAGCCUCGAGGAUGCCAUUGCUGACGCGGCGGCUCAGAGUGGCAAUCACCGCCCUGGCGAACUCAAAGGCGAUCUCCAUGGCCUGGCGGCCGCCACGAUGGUCACUCUGCGAGCAAGGCCGUCCCGCUUCACAGAGUGGUCACUCCCCGGCACCAGAUACCAGCUGACGCACCGAGCAGAGCGGCGAAGAUGGACAAACGCGCCCUUCCCAGCAAUUCUGUGGAGAGAGCGGUUUCAGCAAU